UGUAUAUGCUUGGCUGCUGCACAUGAACUUUUAUCUGCGCUUCAUUUUUAUAUUCUCCAGAACUCGAGGACAGUUUGUCCUGAAAGGCGGUUAAAGGACAAGUUAUGCACACAGGAUCACAUUAAUGGUGCUACAAUGAAUGGUCUGAAAAUGCAAUUAUAUGGCCUAGUCUUGUUCACCCUGCUGGUAGCUUCAGUCUAUGGAGGAAACAUUGUGGUCUUUCCUGUGGAUGGGAGCCACUGGGUCAACAUGGAAGUCUUGAUUGAGACACUUCAUGCCAAGGGCCAUAACAUUACAGUGAUACGAGCAAUAGACAGCUGGUACAUCAAAGAAACGUCUCCAUUUUACACAGCCAUUACUUUACAAGGCAAAGGGAGCUUUGAUAAGAACUUCAUGGGAAAUACUGUAGGCAGGCUCUUGCAAAUCCGUCGGGAGGGUUCUAUCUGGACCCGUCUAAAACAUGACAAAGAGAUGUGGGACACGAAGGCAGAAAUGAUGGAAAAUGACAGACAAAAGGUUCUCAGCAUGAUCAAGGACGAGGAACUAAUGCAAUCCUUAAAAGCUUCCAAAUAUGAUGUAUGUAUUACUGACCCUGCUCUAAUGGUUGGGGUCAUUAUGUGCCAUUAUCUUAAACUGCCCCUUGUCUUUAACGUUCGAUGGACAGUACACGGUGAGGGUCAUUUCGCAAUCGCUCCCUCGCCUCUUUCUUACGUGCCCAUCCCAUUAUUGGAGUUCUCAGAUCACAUGAGCUUUUUCCAGAGAGUUCAGAAUGUGCUCAUGUACUUUGUUAUUCAAUUACAGAUUCAGUAUUUCAUGGCUUCACCCAACAAUGCUUUGUGUAAGGAGGUCUUUGGUCCAGAGGUGAACUAUUUUGAAAUAGUACAAGGAGCAGAUCUGUGGCUUUGCAGGGUUGAUUUUACAUUUGAAUUUCCAAGACCUACCAUGCCUAAUGUUGUCUACAUGGGUGGUUUCCAGUGCACGCCAUCCAAACCUCUUCCACAAGAUCUUGAGGACUUUGUUCAGAGCUCGGGCGAACAUGGUGUCAUCGUCAUGUCUCUGGGCACUAUUGUUGGACAUCUUCCACAUGAUAUAACUAAUGCAAUCGCUGAGGCUUUUGCAGAGCUUCCUCAGAAGGUUGUUUGGAUGUAUAAAGGAGAAAGACCUUCAACAGUUGGGAACAAUACCUUACUGAUGGACUGGAUACCUCAGAAUGACCUCCUAGGCCACUCCAAGACUCGGGUAUUCGUAGCACAUGGAGGAACCAACGGACUUCACGAAGCUAUCUAUCAUGGUGUCCCUAUCGUUGGUUUCGGCCUCAUCUGGGAUCAGCCUGACAAUCUUUCUAAAAUGAAGGCGAGGGGAGUAGCAAAGAAUGUCGACUUUGCAACUAUGACCAAAGACUUCUUUCUUGAAGCUUUAAAAGAGGUCCUUUAUGUACCUUCAUACCGGGAAAACAUGCAAAGACUUUCCAGGAUCCACAAAGACGUACCAAUAAAGCCACUGGACAAUGCUGUCUUCUGGAUCGAGCACACUAUGAGGCAUGGUGGUGCAGCUCAUCUACGAUCAGAAUCGUAUAAAAUGCCCUGGUAUUCUUAUCACUCUGUAGAUGUUCUAGUCUUCCUAAUGACUGUUGUUUUAUUGUUUGGCUUUAUUACAUAUGCAGUCAUCAAACAAGUCUGCUGUAGGCUGUGUUUUAGAAAGAAAUGUACUAAAAAUGACUAGGUUUUCACUAUAUGACUAAAAGUAUGUGGACAGGUAUCAACAAGCUUGUUGUACACCUCAUGUUACACAUGUUAAAAGGUGUGACCAUCUACAAACACCCUCCACAAACUUGACCAUAUAGUGAAUGUCUAAGACAUUUUCCCAUUCAUGUUCCUAGGUGAAUUAAAAUCCAAAUAUUAAUUUAUUCACAUUUGUAAAUUAGAAUGUAAAUGAUAUUUCUGACGAUGUGUUAAUAAAGUAGUCCCUAGUGGUGGUGAA